UCAAUUUUUGGUUAAAUAUCCUAGUGCAGUCAUUUUACAAAAAUAUUUUGACGUAUGAAAGUGUCACGCCUGUGAGCUGUCAAGGAUUUAUUCAUUUAUACGACUACAUUGCGAAGUAACAUAAUAUAAGGAAUAAAAAUUAUUUCCUUAUUCUUCGUUAAAAUAUAUUCUUAAUAAUUUAUCGUCAUGGAGGAUAUGCAAGAAGAGACACAAUUUGUGGUCGAUACCGUAAGCAAAAUUAUUAAAGAAGCUAUUGAAGUAUCCAUCGGUGGAAAUGCUUAUCAGCAUAAUAAAGUUAAUCAAUGGACAUCAAACGUCGUUGAAGCUUGUCUAGGAAAUCUUACAAGACUGCAAAAACCAUAUAAAUAUAUUGUCACAUGUACAAUCAUGCAAAAAAAUGGAGCUGGAUUACAUACGGCUAGUUCAUGCUUUUGGGAUAAUGCAACCGAUGGAAGCUGUACCGUACGUUGGGAAAACAAGACUAUGUAUUGUAUUGUUUCUGUAUUUGGUUUAGGAAUAUAAUACUUGAAGGAUGACUUUCCAAAUAAUCUAUAUAUUUCAUGAUUAAGUAAUAAAUAUAGUAAUAUUGAAAGAAAAA